ACUUUUCUUCAGCAUUGAACUUGCUCGCCAUACAUGAUCAUUCCCCGACGCGUCUGCCAGAUACGCCCGCAACGCGUGAUACUAUCUGGCAUCCAACCAACUGGUAUCCCUCAUCUAGGGAACUACCUAGGCGCACUGUCUAAUUGGGUGAAGCUGCAGAAAUCCGCAGAACCCGAGGACAAACUGCUGUUUUCAAUUGUUGGAUGGCAUGCAUUGACUCUUCCACAGAAUCCUGCUGCCUUACUGGCUGCAAGGAAUGACAUGCUGGCUGUUUUACUUGCCAUAGGCAUCGACCCUGACCGGUCAAUAUUAUUCCACCAGGACCAUAACCCUCACCAUACCGAACUCUCCUGGAUAUUAAGCUGCAUAACGCCCAUGGGGAAGCUGCGCCGGAUGACGACAUGGAAGUCAAGAUUAGCUGCGGCACGAAACUCUGGCUCAGAGGACAAAGUGGACGAGUCGAUGCUCAACGCUGGUCUAUUCAUGUAUCCUGUGCUACAAGCCGCCGACGUGCUUGUUUACAAAGCUACUCACGUUCCUGUAGGCGACGAUCAACAGCAACAUAUAGAACUCACGAGGGAUAUCGCUGAUAUCUUCAACCGAACAUUCAAAGGAACGUCUCCCCUGUUCCCCCUUCCGACCUACGUCAACACCCCAUCGAAGCGGAUUUUAUCACUCAAAGACCCAACGUCCAAGAUGUCGAAAUCUUCACCCGACGUCCAGUCCCGCAUUCUGCUCACCGAUAUCGCUUCCCAGAUCCAAUCGAAAAUUCGGGCUUCUGUCACAGACUCCAUUCAGGGCAUUACUUACGAUCCUCAAGGCCGCCCGGGCACCUCAAAUCUGCUGACUAUUCUCGCCGCCUGCACAGACAGCGAUGUCACCCAGAUCGCAAAAGCCUAUGAGAGCCAAGGCCACGGAACUUUGAAACGCGAUGUCGCAGAGGCUGUUGAGGAAUUCCUUAAAGGGCCCCGGGCGCAGUUCGAUCGCAUUCGUCAGGAAACGACAUAUCUUGAUGAGGUAGCACGUCGCGGGGCUGCCCGCGCUAUUGAACACUCCGAGGUGACCAUGAUGGAAGUCAAAACACGCCUAGGUCUUGCAUCACCUGCGGUGCAUUAACAAAUUGAGCUUGGUCAAGUCCACGGAGAACUACUAGCUGCCGGCGGUGACUAGUGAGGAUCGGGCUCGAUCACAAAAUGAUUACAUAAUCAAUCACACCUCAACGAAGACGUAAUUAAACGAACUGGGUCUAGAAAGAGAACCGUUUUGCAGGUGGUAAGGGACGAUAUACGUGGGGAACUGGUAAGGCAGCCGCAUCCGGAAUUCUGUGGCAAGCCCUGCUUGAUGGUGAUCGGUGUAGGCCAGUACACAUGAAGCGUGUCUUGUUGAACUCUCCUAACAGUUGCCACCAGCUUACAUGCCAACUGAGAAAACUCUUUUGCAUUUCCUCCUGUAAUAGUGAGACUCACUGUCUGGUGGUCCCGAUGAUCAUAGCAUUGUCC